UGACGUCGGCGAUCACGUGGACGCGCCAGCUGGCUCCCGGGCUCCGGCUGCCGUCGUCUGCACUUGUCCACGGCUCUUGCUCGUUGAGGGCGUGUAGGCCGCAGUCUGCAGUAGCAGCAGCAACCGGCGCCGGGCGACCGAAUAAACUCGCCUCGGCUAGAGAUGGGACAGUGCGGGAUAACGUCGUCCAAGACCGUCCUGGUGUUUUUAAAUCUGAUAUUCUGGGCAGCAGCAGGGAUCCUGUGUUAUGUGGGGGCCUAUGUCUUCAUUACAUACGAUGACUACGAUCACUUCUUUGAAGAUGUGUACACGCUGAUUCCUGCAGUUGUCAUCAUUGGGGUUGGGACACUCCUGUUUAUCAUCGGUUUGAUUGGCUGUUGUGCUACUAUCCGUGAGAGCCGCUGUGGGCUGGCAACUUUUGUGCUGAUCCUCCUGUUAGUUUUCAUCACAGAGUGGGUUGUCGUGGUACUUGGCUACAUCUACAGAGCAAAGGUGGAGGAUGAAGUUGAUAACAGUAUUCAGAAAGUGUACAAUGAAUACAAUGGAACAUACCCAGAUGCUGCCAGCCGUGCAAUUGAUUAUGUACAGAGACAGCUGCGCUGUUGUGGCAUCCACAAUUACUCUGAUUGGGAAAAUACACAAUGGUUCAAACAGGCGAAGAACAACAGCGUACCAAUCAGCUGCUGCAAAUUGGGUGUCAGCAACUGCACGGGCAGCAUGAGCCGCCCUAUGGACCUGUAUUCGGAGGGAUGCAAGGUUCUGGUGGUGAAAAAGCUACAGGAAAUCAUGAUGUACGUUAUAAUGGCUGCUCUGGCAUUUGCAGCUAUUCAGUUGCUGGGCAUGCUGUGUGCCUUCGUUGUGCUGUGCAGGAGGAGUGGGGACCUUGCCUACGAGCCCCUUAUCCCUGGAGGAACCUAUGCAUAAUGUGUUUCCUGAGUGUUCUGUUUCCCUCUUCCUUCCCUGUCCUCUUUUUUUUCCCCUAUCCCCACCACCCUCCCCCCAACCAACCCCGAUCCUCAAAAUCGGAGUGCCGUUUCCACCCUUGGAAAUCUGAGACCGAGUCUGACUCUGACUCCUUUUGUAUAUAUCAAGUAAAUCUAAAGCACAUCUUACAGUCUGAACUGCUGGCUUUUGUUGCAAGAAAGUGCACACUUGAUGAGUGUACCCAAGACUCUAUAUAACUAGUGGAGAUUAAAUUGUACAAAAAUGACUACUAAUACUGUAGCAAUCAAGGAAAGUGUAAUCACUAGUAACUGAAGUGUUUCAAGAGCCUGAUCUUCCAGAUUUAAGCAUUAACUUUGUCCUUAGCCUUUAAACUGAAUUUUGUUUUAGUUUUACUGUGUGCACUAUCAAGAUAUUUUACAUUGUAUAGUACUUUUUCCAGUUUGCUGUCUGUGUAGUGAGUUCUGAUGAGAAAUUUUAAGUUGUCUCUUGAAAUAAUGCAGCCUUUUAGCAAGGAUAGAAUAUGUGAAAUGAAUUAAUGAAAAUAAAGAUUGUUGAAACUGAA